AAUUCGGGCUCACCCAAUGAGAAACGAGCUGCUGAGUGGGUCAAGGACGAACAGGCUAGCAUGUGUGCGCUGUGCUACAAGACCUUCACCGUCACGCGGAGAAAACAUCACUGUCGCGCCUGUGGCAAGGUAACUGCUAUUGCCCCGCUCUAA